AUGAAGCGGCAGUGUCUUGGGCUUAGCACACAGGGCAUGCCGCACCGUCAAACCCUCGCGGAGAGUAGGUUCGACACGACUCCUCCCUCCACGAUCAACGGCGCCAUCCGACUUCCUGGCCAACACGUUCCGACGAGCCAAUAUCUCUCGACCGAACCUGCCCAUAUCAGAGAGCAGCCCCUCACAAAUCCAUAUGGACGACCUUCGGCAGCCGUAUCUUCCACGGCAGGUUUUGUCCAGACAAAGGCGCAGCAAACGGAAUGCCCGCAACCACCGUCCGAGGCUCGAGAGAUCGGGCAGUUCUUCGUCCACAGCACAGAGUACCCCAGAGGCCAUCGCUUCUUCACGCCAAAGCCCGAAGAGAUCUCUUUCCUGCCUCCACUCGCGAUCAAACGUCCCGAUCUUGCCGAAACUCGACAGCUCUCUCUGCAGCGCGUGCCUCCAUGUAUCCUCUUUGUCCAGUUCCCAUGCAAGCAGCGGUGCCGCAGUCUGGGCAUCUGCAUUCAUUAUCAAUUUGUGGUCCCGUGCGGCAAGUGUCCUGACGGCUUGAUAUGUCCGGCCUGUAUGCGGAACAACACCCAGCAGGCCAUUUCAGCGAGCCGCAAGUGUCCUUUGCAUCAAAACCCCGACCAGCCCAACCCUAUCAACAAUCGAGUGGAGGAUUUUCUGGCGACGGACCCGCAGAAGGCACUAUGUGACGAGAUCCUGGCUAGGUCAUUAGCUUGCCGGUGGGAAGAUACUCCAGGUCUUACGCAGGCAACAAACCAGUGUGAAGGAGAAGAUGAAAGCUCGACCGACAAGGAUCGCUUUACUAGAGAAAGCACGCCACGGAACCUGGAUGAUGUGCAGAUGAUGGACAGCGUCAUGGAACAAACCGAGGAGAGCCAGGACGGCGAGAUCUAUACGCUCGCUCCACCAAGUUCUGUGCUGCUCGCUGAUCCUGAUGCGCAACCCUCAACUUCGACCGAUUUGGCCACGUUCGACUUAUUUGGUGGUCCUCUGGGAAUGCAAGUAUCGAUGCCGCAGCGAUUUGGCGGACGAGGAGCGUGA